AUGAGUGCCCCAGCCCACAAGUUCAAAGUCGCUGACAUCUCGCUGGCCGCCUUUGGCCGCCGGGAGAUUGAGCUCGCUGAGGCUGAGAUGCCAGGUCUUAUGGCCAUUCGUUCAAAAUAUGCCCAAGACCAGCCAUUGGCGGGUGCCCGAAUUGCCGGAUGCCUUCAUAUGACCAUUCAAACCGCCGUCUUGAUCGAGACUCUUAAAGCUCUUGGUGCCGAAGUCACUUGGUCGAGCUGCAACAUUUUCUCUACUCAAGAUCACGCUGCCGCUGCCAUUGCUGCAUCAGGAACCCCUGUAUUCGCGUGGAAGGGUGAGACUGAAGAAGAGUACACCUGGUGCCUUGAACAACAGUUGGUGGCAUUCAAGGAUGGAAAGAAGCUUAACCUCAUUCUCGAUGACGGUGGCGACUUGACUGCUCUUGUGCACAAGAAAUAUCCCGAGAUGCUCAAGGACUGCUAUGGAGUGUCAGAGGAGACCACUACCGGCGUCCACCACCUGUAUCGGAUGCUGAAGAACAAUGAGCUUCUUGUUCCUGCUGUCAAUGUCAACGACUCUGUCACUAAAUCCAAGUUCGACAACCUUUAUGGGUGCAGAGAAUCUCUUGUCGAUGGCAUCAAGCGUGCCACCGAUGUCAUGAUUGCUGGCAAGGUUGCCGUUGUCGCUGGCUUUGGUGAUGUUGGAAAGGGGUGUGCCCAGGCCCUGCACAGCAUGGGUGCCCGUGUCAUCGUGACCGAAAUCGACCCCAUCAAUGCCCUUCAGGCAGCUAUUUCUGGCUACCAGGUCACUACCAUGGAGGAGGCUGCCCCUAUCGGCCAAAUCUUUGUUACUAGCACCGGUUGCCGCGAUAUCCUCACUGGCGAACACUUCUCCGUCAUGAAGGAUGACGCCAUUGUUUGCAAUAUUGGCCAUUUCGAUAUCGAGAUCGAUGUUGCGUGGCUCAAGGCGAACGCCAAGUCCGUCCAGAACAUCAAACCUCAGGUCGACCGCUUCCUGAUGCCCAACGGACGUCACAUCAUUCUCCUUGCUGAGGGUCGCCUGGUCAACCUUGGCUGUGCCACUGGCCAUUCUUCUUUUGUCAUGUCCUGCUCCUUCUCGAACCAAGUCCUUGCCCAAAUCUUGCUCUACAAGUCUCAGGAUGCGGCUUUCGGCAACAAGUACGUCGAGUUCGGUAUUACUAGUGGCAAGCGGGAUAUUGGUGUCUACGUUCUCCCCAAGGUCCUCGAUGAACAAGUUGCUCUGUUGCAUCUCGACCACGUCAAUGCCAAAUUGUCCAAACUCACCCCUAAGCAGGCUGAGUACCUGGGUCUCGAGAUUAAUGGCCCUUAUAAGGCUGAGAUGUAA